AUGGCAACUUUCGAGCAAGUCGAUGCAAAUCAGGAUGGAGUGAUCUCGCGGGAAGAGUUUGCUGCAGCUAUGACAGGAACAGCAGCGGCUCCAGGCACUGAGACCACAGCUCCGGCCUAUUCCCCCAUGGUGACUACCUACGGUGCCCCGGGAACUGCAUAUCCAACUGGAACCAUCAUGGAACCAGUGGCAGUGCCGGGUGCUUAUGGUGCACCUCCCACCGCCUAUGGUGCCCCACCAGGCGCCAUGUAUGCGGCCCCUGCGACUGCCUACGGUGCGGCACCAACCUACGCUGCUCCUGCGACAAGUUAUGGUGCUGAAGCCACCUAUGCUGCUCCUACUGGAACUUAUGCAGCUCCCACCUAUGCUGCCCCGGCUGCCACCGAAGGGACCUACGCGGCUCCAACCUAUGCUGCCCCCACGGCCACUGAAGGGACCUAUGCGGCUCCCACCUAUGCUGCCCCGGCUGCCACUGAGGGGACUUAUGCAGCUCCGACCUAUGCUGCUCCAGCCGCCACCGAGGGGAUGUAUGCAGCUCCGACCUACGCUGCGCCAGCAGGUACUUAUGCCGCCCCUAUGUACGCUGCUCCUGCUGGCACGGCACCGGCUGAGACUAUCGGCACGGAGGGUUCCACCACUGAAAUGCCAACGUACGCAGCUCCUGCUGAGCCUAUCCUGGCACAGGGUCCUGCCGGCACCUUCACCACCGAUCCACAGGGCAUGGGCACCACGAUGCAACCUCCACAGCCAAAGGUGCUUCCCACUGAGACCGUGAUGGGGCCUGUCACACAGGUCAAGAUUCCAGUUGACACCGUCAAAGACCAUGGACGCGCUACAAUGACGUUGCACAAUGCCCAGAUGCACGCCACUCGCGAGCAGGGCCAACCGCAGUACAUUGCCGGCGUGGGAACAGAGGUGGAUGCGCAGCCACAGGUGACCGUGGAACGCCAACAGCAGGUUGUGCCCGGACAGGUGAAGCAACAGAUCGUGGAGAUCCCAACCGUGCAAGAAGUCGUGGAGGAGCAGGAAAUUCCCGAGGUGCAAGUCGUGAACAAGGUGGUUGAGGUUCCACAGAUUGUGCAGCAGCAAGUGGAGCAGAUCGUGGAGCAAGUUGUCGAGGUGCCACAGAUCAUUCCGCAGAAGCGCGUGCAGCAGCGCACGGUGGAGCAAGUUGUGGAUGUUCCAAUCCCACAGAUGGUGGAAGAGAUUGUCCAUGUCCCUGUGACUCAGACGCAGAAUCGUCACCACCAUCAGCAUGUCGAGCAGACUGUGGAGGUUCCAAUUCCUAUGCAGCAGGAGCAGGUUGUGCACGUCCCCAAGGUGGUCGUCCAGCAGCGCGUCCAGCACAGGCAGGUGGAGCAGUUGGUCGAAGUGCCAGUGCCACAGAUCGAAGAGGAGAUCGUCCACGUUCCUAAGAUCAUCACGCAGCAACGCGUGCAGCAUGAGCAUGUCGAGCAAAUUGUGGAGGUGCCUGUGCCAAUGAUGGAGGAAGAGGUCGUUCACGUUCCAAAGAUCAUCACCCAGACUCGAGUCCAGCACCAGCAUGUUGAGCAGACUGUGGAAGUGCCAGUUCCCAUGAUGCAAGAGGAAGAAGUUCAGGUGCCAAAGGUGGUCACCCAGACUCGAGUGCAGCAUCAGCACGUUGAGCAGACAGUCGAGGUGCCUGUGCCUAUGACCCAAGAGGAAGUGGUUCACGUGCCCAAGAUCAUGACUCAGACUCGAGUUCAACAGCAGCAUGUGGAACAGACUGUGGAGGUGCCAAUUCCUAUGACACAGGAGGAAGUCGUCCAUGUGCCCAAGGUGAUUACGCACACUCGCGUGCAGCAGCAGCAGGUCGAGCAGACCGUGGAAGUGCCAAUCCCAAUGACACAGGAGGAGGUCGUGCACGUUCCGAAAGUUGUGACCCAAACUCGUCAGUUCCAGCAGCAGGUCGAGCAGACUGUGGAGGUUCCAAUUCCUAUGCAGCAGGAAGAGGUUGUCCACGUGCCAAAGGUGAUCACUCAGCAGCGAGUCCAGCACCAGCAAGUGGAACAGACCGUGGAAGUUCCUGUUCCUAUGAUGCAGGAGCAGGUGGUGCACGUGCCCAAGGUGAUUCAGCAGGAACGCAUCUCCCACCAGCAUGUCGAGCAGGUGGUGGAGGUGCACGUGCCAAUGACCCAGGAGGAAGUUGUGCACGUGCCAAAAGUGAUGCAGCACGAACGCCAGCAUCACUUCCACGUCGAGGAGGUGGUUGACGUCCCUGUGGAGCAGCACGUUGAGCAAGUUGUGCAUGUGCCUGUUGUGAACAAGAUGGAACGAGUUGUGCACAACCCCGUUGACCUCGUUGUGGAAGUUCCGCGUCCUGUUGUCAUCGAGAAGACCAUUGAGGUCCCCAAGAUCCAGAUCGAAGAAAGAACCAUCAAAGUGCCAAAGGUCAUGAGCACCAUGGUGGACACGGUUGUCCAGAACCAGGUUGAGACCAUUGAAGUGGUGAAGCCAACUGUGGUUCGUAAGGUGGUCCAGCGCAAGAAGCCAGUGAUCCAAGAGCAGGUGCAGCAUGUGCCCAAGGUGAUGGUGCAGCAUGUGCCUGUGCAGAAGGUGGUUCAGAAGGAGGUUCAGGUGCCACAAGUGCAAUACAUUGACGAGGUCGUGGACGUCCCAGUGGUCAAGCACAGGCAAGUCCCAGUGCCAAUGAAGCAGCAGAAACAUGUGGAAGUGCCUCAGGUGGAAUAUGUGGACCACCACAUUGAGAUCCCAGUGGCCAAACAUGUGCACGUGCCGCACAUUCAGACAGUCCAGAAGACCGUGGAAGUCCCACAGAUCCAAUACGAAGACCAGAUUGUGGACGUGCCCGUUCAGAAGCAUGUUCAUGUGCCAGUGGUUCAAAAGGUUCAGAAGACCGUUGAGAUUCCUCAGAUCCAGUAUGAGGACCAGAUUGUCCAAGUGCCAGUGACCAAGCAGGUCCAAGUACCCAUGGUGCAGAAGGUGCAGAAGACGGUUGAAGUCCCUCAGGUUCAGUACGAGGAUCAGGUGGUGCAGGUUCCAGUGACCAAACAGGUGCAUGUGCCAAUGAUCCAGAAGAUCCAAAAGCCAGUUGAAGUUACUCAAGUUCAGUAUGAGGACCAGGUUGUGCAUGUCCCCGUGACUAAGCAAGUGCAUGUUCCCAUGGUGCAGAAGGUGCAGAAGACCGUUGAAGUCCCACAAGUGCAGUAUGAAGACCAAGUCGUGCAUGUUCCUGUGGAGAAACCAGUGCACGUUCCUAUGAUCCAGACGGUGCAGAAGACGGUUGAGGUGCCACAAGUGCAGUAUGAAGACCAGGUUGUGCACGUUCCUGUGGAGAAGCAGGUGCACGUGCCAAUGGUGCAGAAGGUGCAGAGGCCUGUCGAAGUGCCUCAAGUCCAGUACGAAGAUCAGGUUGUGCACGUGCCCGUCGAGAAACAGGUCCACGUGCCGAUGAUCCAGACUGUGCAGAGGCAGGUGGAGGUGCCGCAGAUCGAGUAUGAAGAUCAGGUUGUCCAGGUGCCCGUCCAGAAGCAGGUGCAGGUGCCGCACGUCCAAACCGUCCAGAAGACCGUGGAAAUCCCUCAGAUCGAGUAUGUUGACAAAGUCGUACCAGUUCCUGUGGCAAAGCAAGUGCAUGUGCCCAUGGUCAGCACCGUGCAGAAAACAGUGGAAAUUCCCCAGAUCGAAUACAUCGACAACCACGUCCACAUUCCCGUGCAAAAGCAUCGUCACGUCCCGGUCCACGUCCCUGUGGAGAAGCCUGUGGAGGUGACAGUCAUUGAGACUUUGGAGAAGAUUGUGGAUGUGCCAGUCGUGAAGCAAGUUGAAGUUCCACAGGUUCAAACAAUCGAGAAGAUUGUUGAGAUCCCACUCGUGCAGACUGUGGAGAAGGUUGUGGAGGUGCCAAUGGUGGGUCAGACCUUGCAAGGCACCACACAGGAGGUGGACAUUCCUCUGGCCCCAAGACGCGAGGAGCAUCCUGCGCAAGUUGUGGAACAGGUGAUUGCCGGUGAGGACCAUCCCGUCCAGGUCCUUCCUCCUCAGGUGGUGGGCACCAUGGCACCUCCUGUUCAGGUUGCUCCAGUCACCGUUCCCGAGGCAACUGCGGCCUCAGCAUCAGCUGCCCCCGCUGCGAUUCAGGAGCCAGUGCAGACAAGCGCAUAAAGGCUUAGGCUCAUCGAUCAUCGAGGAUGUCAGAGGAUGUUUUCCAUUUGAGCUAGGGAUGCUUCUGUCCCCGCUCGUUGAAAGCCUUGGCGGCUUUCACAUUUUGAAGGGGGCAGAGACUGCAAAGGGCAUUGCAGGACCUUUGUGAUUGGGACGCAUCAGUCUAAUUUGGAUUUCGUCAAAUCCAAACACUGAUCCCUUGCACUUUAAUUUGAUUGAUCCUUUUUUGCCAGUGAGUCCUUUGCCAGGAGUGAGACUGUUUGUGUGAGUGCUG